AGCUUCAGCUUGAGAGUCGAACCGGUCAACUAUCGACUGUAAUAUGAAGUACCUGACGUGUGUGCUGCUACCGUUGGCUUUGAUUCCGGCUCUGAUCGGCGCUCAUCCCGGCACUGUGGUGGUGAAUGGCGUCUGUCUGACUUGUCCCAAUCCGAAUGGCGAACCUGUCUACCUGGAUGGCCAGGAGUAUCGCAGUUUCUCCUCAUCCCCCGGCGAUGGUAAUGUGGUGAUAUCCCGUGGAAAUGAUGGCAGGGGCGGUGGAGGUGGCACCAUUUACCGGAGAGGUGGUAACACCGUCGUCAAUGGCAGGUGUCAGCACUGCAAUGUGGAUCUCUAUUAAAGGCUUUAACAAUAAAGUCUGAAUAUUGAAUCAAAA